GGAAAGUAAAAUGGUACUCAGUACAUCGGACAUAGCGCAACAAAUGAAGAAAAUUACAUGAUGGAGAAGAAAAAUGUGCUUAUCGGAUGUACCGGAAGUGUAGCGUCAAUAUUAAUGAAUCAACUCGUCACAGAACUGCAGGGAUCUAUUGAAAACAUUGAGAUACGAGUUGUAGCUACGAAACAUUCACAGCAUUUCUUUGACUCCACGUCAUUACCAGUGAAAGUAUACCAGGAUGAGGAUGAAUGGAAGGCAUGGACAAAUAGAUCAGACCCGGUCUUGCAUAUUGAACUUAGGAAAUGGGCUGAUAUGUUCUUGAUUGCACCCUUAGAUGCCAAUACACUUGCUAAAAUUUCUAAUGGUCUGUGUGACAACCUGCUGACCACUAUCGCAAGAGCAUGGGACUUGAAGAAAUGUUUCUUAUUUUGCCCAGCAAUGAACACAUUAAUGUGGGAGCAUCCAGUAACAUCAAAACAUAUCAAUAUUUUAAAACAAUGGGGAUACAAAGAAAUACCUUGUAUAGAGAAGACAUUGGUGUGUGGGGAUACAGGUUUUGGUGCGAUGGCUGAAAUAUCAACAAUUGUGAAAACUGUUAAAGAAAAUUUGGAAGAAUGUUGAAUGACUAAAGAGUCCUGAAUUCCACUUUUCUUCAUCUCACACAUCAGCUGAAUCAAAGUUUUUGAUAACCGGGGUAAUAAGUAUCUGUUGAAAUAACCAAACCAGGGUGAUGAAGACAUGGAAACCAAUGCUGCUGUACAUAUUGAGGGCUCUCUGAAAUGUAUAAUUUAUUUCCAGUUGCAAAGCA